AUGUCUUCCCCGAGUCAUCAUAUUCCUGUCUUCCUUCUGCUAAACAUUUUCUUUCUCAUUUCUGGCGGAUGUGCGGUAUCACCUUUCCAUGACUGGGCGGAGGAGGGCGGUUCGCCGUCGGAGGAGACUCUAAGUAUGUCAAAGCGAGCAACUGGUGCGUUCGUGACUACAGAAGAGGAUCGUCCGCGCAUUCUUUGCGGCCAAACAUUGAUUCACACGCUAAAGGAACAGUGUGGGGCACGUGGAACCUUCUCACCCUACCACAAACGUGCUGUUCGUGAGCUGAUCCGUGGGGCUAGAGGACUUCCUAGCCUGUCAGACAUUGAAGACGCUCCAAUUCAAAUACGUAAGCGAUACGAUGAUAUUUGUGAAGUGUAUUUGCGAUACGAACCCGAGAGUCCAUUGUCGCAAUGCUGCUGCUUGGGCUGUACAAGAGCUUACUUGGAAAACUUUUGCGCCGAGGCAUAA